GGUACAGUGGGCGGGGCUGGGAGAUGACGGUUCUCCUCAGGGUUUGCGCUGCAGUUCACAGUAGUUUCGCUGCCGCUGGAGCUGUAACCGGGACCGAGUGACCGGCUCUUCCCGGGGGAGCCCCGCCAUGGCUUUUGCCAACUUCCGCCGCAUUUUGCGUUUCACUAGCGAUAAGAAGAGGCUGCGGGAAUACGAACAUGUGCGGAGGGACGUGGACCCCAACACGGUGUGGGACAUAGUCGGAGAACUGGGGGACGGAGCUUUCGGUAAAGUGUACAAGGCUAAAAACAAGGAAACUGGCAUCUUGGCUGCUGCCAAAGUUAUAGACACCAAAAAUGAGGAGGAGCUGGAGGACUACAUGGUUGAAAUAGAAAUACUUGCGACCUGCAAUCACCCCGGCAUUGUAAAGCUACUUGGUGCUUAUUAUUUUGACAACAAGUUGUGGAUCAUGAUAGAGUUUUGUCAAGGUGGAGCAGUGGAUGCAGUAAUGCUUGAAUUGGAUCGUGGACUGACAGAAGCUCAGAUCCAGGCCACAUGCAGACAGAUUUUGGAAGCGCUGUCAUACCUCCAUAGCAUGAAGAUCAUCCAUCGGGACUUGAAAGCAGGGAAUGUACUCUUAACCCAUGAUGGAGAAAUCAAGCUGGCUGAUUUUGGUGUCUCAGCUAGAAAUGCAAAAACCUUACAAAGGAGAGACUCUUUCAUAGGAACCCCUUACUGGAUGGCCCCUGAAGUGGUGAUGUGUGAGACGAUGAAAGAUGCUCCAUAUGAUUACAAAGCUGACAUUUGGUCUUUAGGAAUAACGCUCAUUGAAAUGGCUCAGAUUGAGCCACCACAUCAUGAACUUAAUCCCAUGCGAGUUCUGCUGAAAAUUGCCAAAUCUGAGCCACCCACUCUCACUUCCCCUUCAAAGUGGUCUCAGGAGUUCCGGGACUUCCUGAAAAAGGCUCUUGAUAAGAAUCCAGAGACCAGACCAAGUGCCGUGAAGCUCCUGGAGCAUCCAUUUGUAAACAAAGGGGUUAACAACAGAAUUUUACGAGAUCUUGUAGCAGAGGCAAAAGCUGAAGUACUAGAUGAAAUAGAAGAAAAUGGAGAACCAGAGGAAGAGGAGUCACCAGACCCAAUCUCUCCACCUACAAAGAAUGAGAGCCAGUAUUCAUUUGAUGUGGAAAAGGGCACAAAGCCCACAAGCAAUGGUCCAAAAUCUUAUGACGACCAGUUACAUGGCCAAAGCCCAGACAGCACUAUAAGUAGCAAGCCUGACAGUAUAAGAUCAUCUGGGAGUAUCACACAGAACCUCAAUGGUGAAGAACAAGUGAAACCAGAUAUAAUCAUUAUUAACCCAUUACUCCCCUCUGAAAUAAGGAAUAAUUCAACAACUGAGAAUCACAACCUGGACAGGGGGAAAGAACAGGAGAAAUCUGUGUUGAAUGGUCACAGGCCAAAGAACAAUCGUCUGUCUGCAGAAUUCAUUUCCAAUGGAAGCUUUGACUCUCAUUCCCGUUUCUUUAGCAGUCAGUACAAAAGGGAUUCUGAUUCAGGCAGUAACUCUGCAUCAGACAGUAUGGACCUCAGUAUGAACUUGUCAGCCGAUCUCUCCAUUAAUAAAGAGACUGGUUCUCUAUCCAUUAGGGAGUCCCGGCUUCACAACAAGACUUUGAAACGCACCAGACGAUAUGUAGUUGAUGGUGUGGAAGUGAGUGUCACCACCUCUAAGAUUAUCGGAGAUGAUGAUAAGAAGGAUGAAGAAAUGCGUUUUCUGAGACGUCAGGAGCUUCGUGAGUUGAGAUUGCUGCAGAAAGAAGAGCACAGGAACCAGGCCCAACUGAAUACAAAACAUGUGCUGCAGCAGGAGCAGAUGACACGUCGCUUUGAACAGGAAAUGAAUGGAAAGAAAAAGUUCUAUGACACAGAACUGGAGUUACUGGAGCGACAGCAAAAACAACAGAUUGAGCGGAUGGAGCAGGAGCAUGCCACUCGCAGGAGAGAUGAGGCCAGACGCAUUCGUAUUGAGCAAGAUCGAGAGCAUGCAAGGUUCCUUGAGCAACUAAAGCUACGGAAAAGAGAGAUGAAGGCAUCCUUGGAAAAGCUUCCCAGGAAUCAACGCAAAGAAAGUAUGAAACUGAAAAUGGAUGAUUUUUCUCAGAGGAAGCAAUUUGAGGAGCAGCAAUUCUUAAAUAAGCAGAAAGAAGAUAUGGCUAUGGCUAUGACUGCUAUCAUACUGGAGAAUAAGAAAGAGAUAUAUAGCAAGGAAAGAGAAUUCCUUAAUAAAAAACAACAGCUUCUCAGAGACAGGGAAGCUUGCGUUUGGGAUUUGGAAGAGCGCCACCUACAGGAAAGACAUCAACUCAGUAAGCAGCAGUUAAAGGACCAAUAUUUCUUACAGCGUCAUGAGCUGCUCAGAAAGCAUGACAAGGAGCAAGAGCAAAUGCAACGAUACAAUCAGCGCAUGAUUGAGCAACUUCGAUUACGACAGCAACAAGAAAGGGCACGCUUACCUAAAGUACAGAGAAGUGAAGGGAAGACACGCAUGGCUAUGUACAAAAAGAGUCUUCAUAUCAGCUCCUUUUCCAGUGCUUCUGAGCAGAGGGAGAAAAUUAAGCAGUUCUCUCAGCAGGAAGAAAGGCGACAGAAGGCAGAGAGACUGCAGCUACAGCAAAAGCAUGACCAACAGCUAAUGGAGAUGCAAGCCCAGUGUGACAGCAAUGCCAGAGAGCUACAGCAGCUUCAGAAUGAGAAGUGUCACCUUUUGGUGGAGCACGAGACCCAGAAACUAAAGGCUUUGGAUGAGUCCCACAUACAGAUGCUAAGAGAAUGGAGGGAAAAGUUACGACCACGCAAGAAGGCUCUUGAAGAUGAUUUAGAACAGAAGAAACAGGAACAGGAAAUGUUCUUUCGCAUGAGUGAAGGAGCAGGAGGACAUAAUGGAUCAGUUCAUCAACCAUCCAAGUUCUAUGCCUACAGUUCAGCUGAGGCUUCAUAAGAAUCAGAGAUUCUCAGACUUUAAUACCUAUCUCCUGAAUAAUCUGAAAAAAGACUUUGUUAAACCUUGCCAAUGAACUAUUCCUGCACUUACUGUAUUCUGCAAGUGUAAAAUAUGAAGGAACACCUGACACCCAGAACAUCUCAGAAAGCUGAGGGAGUAGUGCUGUAGCCAGACAUCUUAGAAACUAAGAGCGUUUAAGAGCUUCAAGUUGUGGAAAUGCCAUAUCCAUAGUUAUAAAACAGAAAGCUGCAUUGACUUGCACAAAGAGAGGGAUGGCAAGUAAAAACAGGUGCCCUAUCUUAAAAGUUGUGAUGUUCCUUAUAUGCCAAAUGGUUACAAAUACUAUUUCUACAGAAGGCUCCUAUAAUAUAUUUUGUGCCAAGCAGUGCAUGGGAUAGUAAUAUAGAAUUGGUUUUCCCUUACUUGGGCAUAUGAUUGAGAGCUUCUUUCUUUUCAGUAUAACUGCAUAGCCUGUCUAUCUCUUCCCUGUACAUUUAUUUGGCCAUGGUUAUUUGGCUUUAGCUGGAACUCUGGCACUCGACUACAUUUUAUACAGCACUCCUUACACUUGACGGAUUUGACACAUCACAAUAUGUUAUAUUAGUGGGAUGAGCCUUUUGGAAGCCUACUCUAUUCACCUAUAUAUAUGGAAAGAAAUUGACUCAUUUUCCUUACAACAUUUCAGCACAUGUUUAUAUAAGAAGUAAAUAAAUAAUACAUAUUGCACUAUCUAUUCACAUGUGAUGCACAAUGGGGAAGAUUUAUAGAAGAUUGCUAAAUCUCUGCCUAAAGACAUGUCAAAAGUUUUAAUUGGUUGGAGUCUAAGGGUUCAGACACUGACCAGUUGUUAGAAUGAGCAGGGAGAAAAGUGCAGUCAACCAAGACAAUCCCAUAGACCUAUUUGAUCUCACUUAGAAUGUUCUUUUCCUAGCUAGUUCCAGCUAAUCACAGUUUGAACACUCAGACCCCAACCGAUCAAAACUUUUUACAUAUCUCUAAAUGUCAAAAGUUUUUUUUUAAGUGACAGUGCCCAUUUGAUAGAAAGGUAUGCAACAAAGCCAAAAAUAGUGUGUUGUUCGGCCGUAAAAUUAUAUAUUGACAAGGAAAUGUGUACAGUUUUGUGGAUGCCAAUACGACAUGUCUGAAGGUCCUUGAUAGGGAUGUAAUACAUCUAACUGUUCUGGACUUGAAGCUGUGUAUGUAAUGCAGCUGGUAAGUAGUGACUGCUGGCCAGUCUUACAGUGCACCACAUUUAACUAAAGGGCACUUGGAACAUAAGGAAAUAUAUUAGUUUACUAUUAUCUAGUGGCCAAAGAAUGUGCUACCUGGUUAACAAUGCCUUGCCGCCUAAUAGUUUUCUGUCUAAUAUUGUUACAUUUAGUUUGGGAGGACUGUUUGCCAUAAAGUAUCACUUUUGGUUAAGAACAAUAGACCUACAUAGAAGAAUCUAUCAUCUGUUGAGAAGACAUGAAGUGACCUUUUCAUAUAGAUUCUAUUCCUGAUAAUAAUUUUUAACAGUUGUGAUACUUGAAAGUUAUGAAUCCUGUUCUUAGUAGUUGCUGCUAAGCUCAUUUCACAAAAAGUGCCCUAAGACAAAGUGCAUUUAUUAAUAACAUAUUUUCCUCCUUACAGCAAGCUUAUAUUCAUAUAACAGGACAAUGUUCUUUAUUAGAUUAAUGCAAAUAUGUAUUAUUUUCAUAAGGGUUUUCUGCCGGGUAAAACACUGUAAAAUGUAAAUAAGAUUAUAAUAAAGUAAUAAGAAAAUGAAAUGUUAACCAAA